UAAAUCGCGCCACUUAUAUAAGAUUAUUAUUCAAGAUUUAAUAAGGCAAUCUUUGAUAGUGUAAUUAACGAUAUACAUCAAAGUUAUACUUUACGGAAUUUAUUUUGCAAAAGAGUGAAAAUAAUAAUGGGAGAUAAAAGCCAAAGCGAAGUACUCACAAAAAAAGACCUAACAAAAAUAAUAGAGUCUGGCGAACCAACCGACGUCAAACAAUUAAAAUUAAAAGUGUACAAAAAAAGGUGGCUAAUGUUAAUUAUCUUCAUGAUUUAUGCUGGAUCAAAUUCUCAAUGGAUAGAAUACUCAAUUAUAACCAACAUAGUUAUUAGGUAUUAUGGAGUGUCUUCGAUGAUGGUUGACUGGACCUCGAUGUCGUUCAUGGCAUUUUACAUAGCGUUUAUAUUUCCAGCGUCGUACGUGACAGACAAAUGCGGUUUGCGAUGGACUAUCACCAUAGGCGCCGGUCUUAACUGUCUUGGUGCCUGGAUAAAAACAUUAUCCAUUCAACCCGAUAGGUUCUACGUUGCUAUCAUCGGUCAUUCAAUAGUCGCUCUUGCGCAGACUACAGUGCUACCGAUACCAGGACGAUUGGCCGCGCAAUGGUUUCCUCCUGCCCAAAUCUCGACCGCCACGUCUUUGAGUAUUUUCGGCAAUCAAUUUGGAGUGGCGUUGUGUUUUCUUUUAGGUCCUAUAAUAGUGAAAAAUCAUGAUAAUUUGGAUGAUAUCGGCAGAGAUUUGUCACGUUUAUGCUGGAUGGUCGCAAUCGUCUGCACAAUUGCAUUCGUUCUUGUGCUUACAUUAUUUCAGAACGAACCAAGACUACCGCCGAGCGAGACACGGGCAUUGCAAAAAAUGAAUCGGAUGAAGAAAAGAGAGGAAUUCGUGGAGCCGAUUAAAGGGCUUUGUAGAAACAAAAACUUUAUCAUGCUCUGUAAUUCCUAUGGUUUGAACGUUGGUGUAUUUAUUGCUGUAUCUACUUUACUCAAUCAGAUAUUCCUCGCACACUUCGAGAAUGGAGAAGAAGAUGCAGGCAGAAUUGGUUUAGCCAUAAUUCUCACUGGUAUGGCCGGUUCUAUUAGUUUUGGUAUCAUCCUUGAUAAAACGCAUAAAUACAAACAAACUGCCAUGACUGUAUACUUUCUUACAUUCUGUUGUCAAGUAUUAUUCGCGGUAUUUAUAUGCAUGGGUAUAAAAUCGAUGGUGUACGUGUUGGCGAUUUUUUUAGGAUACUUUAUGUCGGGUUAUCUGACCAUAGGAUAUGAUUUGUGCACCGAAUUUACAUAUCCAGAGUCGGAAAAUUUGUCUGCGGGAAUACUCAAUAUAACAACCAGCCUUUACAGCAUGAUACUCAUUAUAUCAUUAGGAUUAUUAAUGAACACGUACGGCGACAUUCCGGUGCACAUCGGCUUAUGCUUGGCUUUGCUGCUCGGUUUCAUUUUGACCGCUAUAACAAAAGAUGAGCAGAGACGACAAGAUGCAAGAAAGAAGGCUCAGUAUGAAGGAAUCGCGAGAAUUGAAAAUAAUAUGGAUGGCGUUCCAGAAACUAUUAUCUAACUUAUAGCAUUACUUAAUAGGCUUAGAACAUACAUAAUGAAGGGCCAUGACUCUAACCAUGAUGAAAGUACAUUAGAUGUGCUCAUGCACAUUUUAUACAUAUAUAAGAAGAAUAGUAUCCAGAAAUUGCGCCAUGUUGCCGCAGUUAUUUGAAGUUGUCAUUAUGUUGCAUUCUUUUCUUCGGAAAUCGAAAAAAAUAUAAAAUUCUGCAUCCUUUUUUUCGAAAACUAUUUGUACUUGACAUAUACUCAUUUCCGCAAUAUGUCACUUCAAAGUUAUCGCAAUGUAAAUGUUUAAAAUGACCGCAUCUCUGAUUAUACGCAGAAUGGUACGAAAUUCGUAUCGAAAAUAAGCACACCUAAUAUACUUCCACGAUGGCUUCAACAUCUAUCUGUUCUUGUCUGAAUGCUUCACCGUAGUAAGCAUCGAUUAUUAUUAGGUCUGUUCUCGUUGCUUGCACUUUUUCACUCAACAUCUUCACUUUCUCUCUUUUUAACAUCCAAAUAUAUAUCUAUCCCAUUUUAAAUGCAAAAAUAUUUUGGGAAUUUUAAACAACGCGAACAGACCUAUUAUGUAGUGUUAAGAGUGUUGUACUCUCGCCUUAGAACAUAUACACAUGUAUGUUCAAAACUCGCAUAUAAAUCACGCGCAAACGCACAGCAAACAAGCUUUCAAACAAGGACAGAUAGAUGUUGGAGACACUUUUAUUACAUUGGUCAGAUAUGGCCUUUCACAAUAUGUAUGUUCUAAGU